AGGACAUCGCAACGUCAAUUAGAGAAGCUGCCCAGCAAGCUACUACUAGUCAUGGAUUUGUAUUUGAUGAGACAACAGGAUUGUAUUAUGAUUAUAAUACUGGAUACUACUACGACCCUGUAAGUAUUUACAUCAGGUUAACAUUGAAUGUGAUAAAAGUCACGUGUGACGAAUGACACUACAGUAGUAUUACAUAUUCUAUUUCGGCAAGAUUUCCCGCUGUCAUCGGAAGGAAUGGAAACGCUAGCUGUUGGUGAUGCAUCAGCAUGAGUAAUUAGGUACAGUAGCUUAGCGACGUUUUUGUUAACACGAACGUCAGAUUACCGAGGCCCCCCUCGGCAAUAAAAGAAAAGUCUUUUUAAAAAUAGAAGUCUUUUUAAAAAAUACCUCUACACUCUGUUAAACUUUGUCGCUGUUAAACAAGACUUUGUCGCUUUCUACUGUGUGUUAAUUAUAAACUGUGUUUGUGUCAGUUUGUGGCAAUCUUCAACACAUGUGACAAAAUGUAAGAUUUUUGUAGUUUGCUUCCUUACAUGAGCGCUAUGAUGUAAAAUACCGCUAAUAUUAAUUACACUAAUUUUGAGGUGACGUCCGUGUUGACAAAAACGUUCCUUGCUUAAGCUCACUAUUAUCACCAUCUACGUAGGGAUUACCGUAAUUCCUACUCAACCAAUGGUAUACUACUCGUCCAUCCCUAGUAAGCGACUAGUCAUUAACCCUUACUCUAAUCCUAACUCUAAUCUUGAUCCAAACCCUAAUCCUAACCCUUCCUGAUCCAAAUCCUAUUCUUAAUCCAAACCCUAGUCCUAACCCUAAAAGUCUAAAACUAGUUAUUGUCCCGAAAUCGCGACUCAUAUGUUAUGUUUUGUAUUUAAGAUUAGGUUAAUUAAACCACGUACGAAGCUAAAUUUCAAUAGCAGUCUUUUUUAAAAAAUACCUCUACACUCUGUUAAACUUUGUCGCUGUUAAACAAGACUUUGUCGCUUUCUAUGUGUAAAACAAUUCGCUUGUCUGUAACCGGAAUAAUUCGGGAACAUUUUGUUUUCGUGAAUAGUGCAAGGAUAUCCAAAGCUUUGUUUGUUUUCCCUAGAAAACUCGAUUAUACUACGAUUACCGCACGGGCAUUUACUAUACUUACAAUCAAGAAAGGGGUUCAUAUGACUUUUACUCCCAAGUGGCUGUCAGUACUACACCAAACACGGAUACUACCGGUCAAACCUCGUCUGGGGGUGGCUCAGAGAAAAGAAGUGAAGAGACUAAGACAAAAGAGCUCCCAGAGAAAAGUAAGGUUAAGGUGACGCAUAUUGAGUUGGUGGAGUCUGGGAGCGAGGAUGGAGAAAUUGUUGAAGUAGACGAGGUUGAUAGUGAAACGCAAGGUAAACAUUUCAUUUUAAAGGACGUAUAGACUGGAUAGCGCAAUCCAUUUUUCACUGAAAAUAGAGGCAGUAAAUCUCGCAAAAAACAUAGAAAUAUACCAAUAAUAUUGUAUGUACUAUUUACAACACGAGCGGCCGUGUUGUAAAACAUCUUGAUGAGAACAUUCGUAUUCUUAAACAAUGUAAAAUAAAUGAAUGAUAUUUGGUGAGAAAAUUGAAUUUAAAGUUUAAUAUGUAAAUCAGCUGAUUUUGUAUCAGAUAUACAUGUCAAGCUUCUUCACGCUCAUGAUUUCUUUGUAUUUUCUUCGUGAAUUAUUAACGAGUUUCACAAAUGAUAAUUAUAAAUAAGGGACCCAAAUGUUCCUGUAGACGGUAUAGGCGAGUUUCACUCAAGCCAUACUUAGGGAAACGCUUGGUGGUCAACUUUACACGGAAGGAAGUAAAUUUCGUUAAAUUGCAUAGAUACCAAACACAAGAUCAAUACUUAUAAUAAAUAUUUAACUCGAUCCGAUAAAUGUGUUUCCAUUUGGAGUUGACCACCAAGCGCGUAUCACGUGACUCAAACCCACCUAUAGAUGGAGAAAAGUCACUCUAGACGGCGAAAAUUGCCGGGUGCCGGAACCAUGGGAAAUCACGAAGGACCUUUGCUGAAAACAUCCUGAAAAUACACCUGGUCAGCCAUGGAGUUAGUACGAAAGAUAUUACAUUGAGAAUAAUACAUGGGUGCGCAGAAAUACCAGAUUUAUUUCGAGUGUUGAACAUGAUAUCUCACGAGUGAGCGCAGUGAACCACGGGCUUUAGGACCAAUGCAAUUUGACAACAAUAGUAUUCUAUCUAGAUAGCAGUUAAAAUAAAGUGCACGGCACCUGAACUGUUCAAUAUCUUGCUUGACACAGCUCCAUAAAUACAUUUACAUGUUAUGCAAAUACAGAAAUACUGUAUAUUUUCAAAAUACGCCAUAUUUAUUUAUAUUAGAACCCAAGCUUUCGCGGCUCACGAAAUAUUAACGUCGGUGAUUUUCACUAAUAAUAAGAGGGUAGGAUCAUCCAAUUAUUUAAUCGUUCGAAGCGCGAGGAAACCAUGCUUCCAUAGCAUAUGGCAUAAACGUGUCCCCAACUUCCUUAUAUGGCACAAACGUAUCCCCCAAAUAUUUUAUCGAAGCCGUUAUGAUGUCAUAAGAUUCCUCCCGCUCGGAACGGUUUCAACAGGUCACGUGGUACAGAACCCAGACAGCUGAUUGGGUUAGCGAGUGACAACGCCCACUUUAAUCCUGCCCUCUUAUUAUUAGUGAAAAGAUCACCGACGUUAAUAUUUCGUGAGCCGCGAAAGCUUGGGUUCUAAUGUAAAUAAAUAUGGCGGAUUUUGAAAAUAUACAGUAUUUCUGUAUUUGCAUAACAUGUAAAUGUAUUUAUGGAGCUGUGUCAAGCAAGAUAUUGAACAGUUCAGGUGCCGUACACUUUAUUUUAACUGAUAUUUAGAUAGAAUACUAUUGUUGUCAAAUUGCAUUGGUCCUAAAGCCCGUGAGUGAACGAGUGAGAUAUCAUGUUCAACAGAAUUACAUUAUUAUUCAGCUCACUCCCCAUUGGGGCUUUUCAGUGACCGAUUACAUCAAGUAUUACGCAUACUUAUGUAACUUAUUUAGCCUUGAUUAUUUAUCUUUACAACAAUUGUGAUAAUUGUGAUUACUUUCUUAACUGUGUUUAUCGUAACCCACCCUGCCAACUUUCCCUGUGGGAGGAAACGGAGCGCCCGGAUGAUUAAAUUCACGACUUUCGGCAGAGCGUUGAAAGGCUGUUAGCCAAUCAGACUGGAUGAAUUCAUUGAAAUAUUUUAACAUUACAGGUGAUGAUGAUGAACUUAAAGAAAAGGAAUAUCCACCUUGUAUUCGUGCAACUGUUAUGCAGUCCGACAAACUGCCUGUUGGUAGUUUAACUAUUAUAACAUGUAUGGGACUAACAUUUGGCCGGUAUGUGCAAGCUUAUAAUUUAGUUUAAUUAAAGUGCCGCUAACUCUAAGUACGAGUUUUGUUAUCCAAGCUUAGCCCUGACGGAAACGAACGCGCUUGACAAAUAGCGCUCUUCAUUGACCCAAGGAGCUUUUCGAGCACUUACACAGGUACAUCUUGUCAACAAGAUGUGUUCGCAACACGCUUGGAGCAAGCUUUUCAACAAGUUGUAAUAAUGUUGUCAUUUAUCAAGUUGCCACAAGGUUGUCACUCAUACUUGUCAACAAGUUUUUGAAUUCCAGUUGUAUAAAAAUCUUAACUACUUUUUAACCACUAUUUUGUAAUUAAAUAGUAGUUAACUCUAAAAUACACGAGUUUGAUUGAUUAAGUUUCGCACUAACUGUGUUAACUUUAACUAUCUUUUUAUACAACCGGCCUCAGGACGUUUAGAAGUUAUUGGAACAACUUGUAACAAGUCAACAACCUUGUAGCAAGUUGUAAGAAAUCUAAUGAUUGUAGUUUAGAACUGAGGUAGAUUACCAGACAUACUACUACAGUGCGGUGUCCUGGAGCAUGCGCAAAGCAAGUGUAUCACAAACGCGAAAACGUACUAGUACUGUUUUUUAAUAAAUACCAAAGCUCAUGAUUUCGAGCAAUGAAAAAUAGAUAAUUACUGAACAUCAUGGUAGUGCAUCUAAAGGUUUUUUGUAUACUAGUUAAUGACCUAAUAUUUAAAAUGUCGUAAUAUUUAUUUUCUCUUUUGUAUAGUAUAGAAACAAGCAACAAUAAUUUACAAAUUUCCGAUAUUGAAGUCAGUAAGGUACUGUGGGAGUGUAUUCUGCUGUUACAAUUGCCGUUGAUCAAUUAAUCAACCGUAGAUCAACCAUAUGGUCAAUUGGGUACAGACAAGCUUUAUUUUGCUUGCGCUUGAGGCCAUGCAAGUAUAUAGCCUAUAAUGACUACGAAAUAUUUUCUAGGAACAUGCUAAAGUUUAUUACGACGACAAAAGUAGUGAAUAUUUUGUUAAGGAUCUUGGAAGUCAAAAUGGAACAUUCAUUAAUGGUUCUAGGAUCAGUGAGGUACGUUAGCUUAGGUGAUUAAAAAAUGCGUGUCUAAAAAAGGUAUCCAAAGUUUAAAAUUAUUUCUUGACAAGUCAUGAAAAGAGUUUAAAGGGACAAAGGCUGUCUCUUUACCAUGUAAAUUAUGUUUAUUAAAAGUAUAGUGUUCCAUUGAAAACAUGUUGUUAUAUUGUAUAGCUAUAGUGCUUAAACUAAACGUGAUUGGCUGAUCUCUGGUCACAUGGAUUUAGAUAAAUGUAAUGGAGGCCGCCGAGCGACAAAUGCCCGCUCCAACCGGCUACACGUUGAUAAAUUGCUCAAAAUGGAGUAAAAAAUUCAGAUAGAAAGUUUUUCCAAUUUUUGCUGAAACACUUAUAGGAUUUACAUUUAAAGAGUUUUAUUCAUUAAAUAUAAUAGUUUUGUGAAUGUUGUAUACUUUUUCUUCACCUUCACUUUUUAUAACAACUAGUUUUAAUUGCAUAAUAAGCAGCGUUUCGUAUUAACUAAAUGAUUAAUGCUCUGACACUGGACUCUGUAGCUCACUGGUGAGAGUGCUGCACUGGAAUCGCAGAACCACAGGUUCGAUUCUUAUAAGGAUCGGAGGACUUAUAGGAUUUUAGUUUUAUUCAUUAAAUAUAAUAGUUUUGUGAAUGUUGCAUACUUUUUCUUCACCUUCACUCUUUAUAACAACUAGUUUUAAUUGCAUAAUAAGCAGCGUUUCGUAUUAACUAAAUGAUUAAUGCUCUGCCACUGGCCUCUGUAGCUCACUGGUGAGAGUGCUGCACUGGAAUCGCAGAACCACAGGUUCGAUUCUUGUUGGACUGGCCUAAACUUACGUUUUUCGCAACUGCUCCUGGUUAGGUUUAAUAUUGUAUAAUUAUACAUUUUCGUCUGAAAAUUCCAGCUUCAAAUAUCCCAUCUGCAAUGUACAGUUAUUUAAUGUUUGUGCUUUAUCGUUUUAGAGUAAACAAGAAAGUGAAGGACAUAAACUAAGUCAUGGAGAACAGCUAAAGAUAGGUUCAACAACAUUUCUGUUACAUAUACAUCCUGGUAGUGAAACAUGUGAUGAAUGUGAACCAGGUCAGGUCCAAGCACAGCUCAAGGCAAAAGAAAUGGAAGAUGAAGGUAGAUGGUGCAUAUAGGUAUAGGCAUAUAGGUUCACCCCCAGCAAGGGACGGAUCUAGCCUCAUUUGCAAGGAGGGGGCAGGUUUUCCAUGGCGUGGUGUAUGAGGAAGCCUUACUGCCCACUCUCCUCUACAGUCUGCAACGCUGCUAGUAGUAGCCUACUACCCCAGCAUUAUCAUUAUUUGAGCUGGCCGAAUAAUCAGCAUGCUCGCUGUUCUGUUACGUUUUACAUUAUCUUUUGUUUAUAAAGUUUAUCUUGGCUUUUUAUCACGUAUGCGUGACUGGACAAUUGCUGUACACACAGUACAGUAAAUUUGCUUGUUCAAUAUUUCAAAAUAUGGCUGUAUAACAACCUCUAUAUAUUUAACAAAACAUUCCGAGUGUUUUCUUGUGAGCUCACAAAUCAAUUCGUUUCAAGAAAUAGAAGUUCCGCUAAUCGCUAUUGGAAAAGCAGAAAAUGUAUUGUCAAGCACAUUUAUUAGGGUGGGUGCUGGACUCUCUAGAGGGUGCUAGAUACCACCAGGUGGGUUUCAACCCCCCCCCCCCUGCACCCCACCACCCCACGGUAGCUCUGUCCCUGCCCUCAGCUCUCCUACAGAUCUGGUGUUAGUACAGUCGUUGUAUUGCUAGGGGGAAAGGUUAGAUAUAUAGAGACAUAUGACGAUUGUGAAUCUAGACAGGCCAUGCAUGAUGAAUAUGAACCUGAUUGAGUGCACUAUGAAAUAUAAAUAUUGAGAAUGUGAAUGUCUGGAUGAUACUGUACAUAGGUAGGUCACCAGACCUGCUUGUGUAGCAAUGUUUAUGUUAUACCCUGUACUGUACUAAAUAUAGGAGUAAAGCAAAUUAAUAUAAUGCAUUAAUGUGAUACUAUAUGUGUUUCUUAUAUUUGUACAGUGCUGAUCACACGUGUUGUGAGCUCAGUAAAUGAUGGAAAUCCAGAGAGUUUAAGGAAGAAAGAAUUAAAAAGAUUGAAAAAACGAUACAUGCUUGAGGUAAGACAGUGAUACAGUUUAUCGCAAGGUAAACAUCCUAUUUUUUGCGCAUUUCGCUAGGUAUAAAACAGAACGUUGAAAGGUUUCUGUAAAUUGAUAUUUCGAGCGAAAACUAUACACUUAUUUUAGCCCUAGUCAGGAGCAGUUCUUGCUCGAAAUUUCCAUCUACGAAACCCUGUCACAUUUGUACUUUAGUGUUGCAUUUGCACAGCGACCAAUAUCGGUAGCGCAGUUGUACUUUAGGGUUGCAUUUGCAUUAGAGCUGUGCGGUUAACCGAAAAAUUCGGUUCUUCUGGUACUUUUUUCAGCACCGAAAAUUCAUACGCAAAAGAACCGGUAAUUUCGGUUUUAAUUUCCCGUUUAACGCCCGCUAGACGCCCACCUGAUUGUAGGUUGAAAUGUUUGGAAAAUAACAAGAUUGUGCUCUUUGUGCGCAAUAUGCACUGUAUACUAAGUGCUCAAAUAGUUGAUAUUUUAGUUGUGAUAGUUAUUGUUGUGAACUUGAUUUAAUUUUUUUAAAAACUAAGAAAUAUUUCAUCUUCAUAAAUAAAUAACCAAUUGUUCUUUUUAAAAUAUUUAGAGAUUUAUACAAACUUACCAAGGCAUAAAUUCAUCUAUUUAGUAAAAAUGCUCGAAACAUACAUAAAUGAGUUCAUACAUUUGUACUGUUCUUCUUUUUUGAAAAUAACCGAAACCGAACCGAACCGAGGUUUUUUUGUUCCAAAAGAACCGAAACCGGAACCGAGAUAAAAUUUUUGGAACCGCACAACUCUAAUUUGCAUAGCGACCAAUAUUAUCGGUAGCGCAGUUGUACUUUAGGAUUGCAUUUGCAUAGCAACCAAUAUUAUCGGUAGCGCAGUUGUUCAUUAGGGUUGCAUUUGCAUAGCGACCAAUAUUAUCGGUAGCGCAGUUGUACUUUAGGGUUGCAUUUGCAUAGCGACCAAUAUUAUCGGUAGCGCAGUUGUACUUUAGGGUUGCAUUUGCAUAGCGACCAAUAUUAUCGGUAGCGCAGUUGUACUUUAGGGUUGCAUUUGCAUAGCAACCAAUAUUAUCGGUAGCGCAGUUGUACAUUAGGGUUGCAUUUGCAUAGCGACCAAUAUCGGUAGCGCAGUUGUACAUUAGGGUUGCAUUUGCAUAGCGACCAAUAUUAUCGGUAGCGCAGUUGUACAUUAGGGUUGCAUUUGCAUAGCGACCAAUAUCGGUAGCGCAGUUGUACAUUAGGGUUGCAUUUGCAUAGCGACCAAUAUUAUCGGUAGCGCAGUUGUACAUUAGGGUUGCAUUUGUAUAGCGACCAAUAUUAUCGGUAGCGCAGUUGUACAUUAGGGUUGCAUUUGCAUAGCGACCAAUAUCGGUAGCGCAGUUGUACAUUAGGGUUGCAUUUGCAUAGCGACCAAUAUUAUCGGUAGCGCAGUCGUUCGAACAAGCACCUUUCACCUAUAUAUGAGAUGGUGGGUUCGAUUCUGUCGUUGCCCACUCGUGUGAAGAGUCCGUCAACGUUCUGCCGAAAGUCGUGGGUUUUUUCUGGGUGCUCCGGUUUCUCACACAGGGAAAAUUGACAGGAUAUGUUGGGAUAAACACUGUUAAGAAAGUAAGAUCACCAUUUUUGUACAAGAUAAAAUAGUCCAGGCUAAGGAUGUAAUUACUCGUAAGCGUAAUGCUUGAUGUAACACAGAUUUGAUCCUAUCUACAUGUGAAUUUGUACUAUUUGUUCUUUAAUCUUUAUAUCUGAAAAAUACAGCUGUGUUAGCCUGCGUAGCAGGCGUUUAGUGCGGGCGGGAGAAGAGAGGGCGUCGUUAUGAUAGUGUGAGAUUGAACGCUUCAAUAUUUCGAAACACCAAGAAUAUAAAUUUCACAACACGUUCAAUCCGUUAGCCACACGGUCAUCAUCAGUGCUGUUCAGUAUGAAAGCACUGUAAGUAUACAUCAUGCAUGAAGAAUUUCUAUUUCCAUUACAGAAUAGCGAGCACGAAGUGAACUCUGAAGUUGCAUCUAUCAAUGCUGGAAAAUACAAAGACAGAGCUCAAACCAGGUGAGUCAAAUUUCGUUCGCGGGAGACUGAUGAUUUUUCAGUGCCGGCGAAUAUUCACCUCCACUUCGGUGAAAAAUUGUUCAUUAGUGUAUUGUUCGCGCGUUGUGAUUGGCUAGUUAGUAGUUAACCUGCCGGUAUGUUCCACUUACGUCAGCAUUUUUCACGGAGCUCUUACCGUGUCAGUAAGUUUCCAGGCCAAUCGUGAGACCGGGCGCGCGCCCCGGCUGACCGGAAACAGGUUGGAAACGUUUCACAUUUGUUCUAAAAGGUUUUAAGUUGUUAUUUGAAUUUUGUUCUAGAAGGUUUCGGAUUGUUAUUUCAAAUUUUUUCUAAAUAUAGAAGGUUUAACAAUGUUAUUUUAAAAUGUGCUGGAAGGAUUCCAAGUGCUAUUGUAAUUUGUUUUGGAUGGUUUGAGAUUAUCAUUUCGUAUUAGUUCUAAAGUUUUAUAUGUUCCCCUCAGUCAAUAUUUUAUUAGGGUUUAUAUAUCAUGCAAGACUAUAGUAUAAGUGAAGGCAAACAAGGAUAGUUUUUCGCAGUCAUUCAUGAUUCAUCCAUAUUUCGUAAUUAGUGUUAUACUGUUCCUACAUUUUUACAUACAACAGUUUGUAAACAAAGAGGGGAUUAACUCUAAUUGCUAUCACAGUGUCAACCCCAGAGGGCAAAAUCGUAUGCUUUGGUCUUUUGACUUUAGAAAUAGCAUUCUCCUCUGUUACGUCAUUAAAAUAAAACCGUUAUCAAUGGCAGUAUUCUCCUUUAAUCUUUUUCUAAGGAAGGUAUGUAAUUUAGUCGAUGGAGGUUUGACGAAUGCGAAGAAUUAUGAGACCAUGCCGCUACCCACUUCAUACGACCUGUAGAUUGGUGCCUGAUUUUGACAGGCCAAAAGUUCCAUCAAAUUUUUUCAACUCUUUACAUAAUACUGUGAUUAUAUUUGUCCGAACCCAGCUCAACUUAGGAGAGCAUGCGCACGAGCUUAGGAGAGCAUGCGCAUGACGACUUGGAGCACCCACUCAUACGCUCAUCCUGCAUGAGCGUAUGAGCACAUGCUCAUAAAUGCUCAUGAGCACAUGCUCAUCUGCUCGUCCUGCAUGAGCGUAUGAGCACAUUCUCAUAACUGCUCAUGAGCAUCUGCUCAUGAGGCCCGUUUAGGUCCCGAAGACUGGGAGUGCAUUCUUCUUUCGUAGAACGGUGGAAGCCCAGACACCACUGCAAACAUUUGAUUAGUUUAUGUACACAAAAUAAUGUAUACAUUUUCGCGUAUUUUUACCCUUUUGAUUUGUACCCGGCCGACCCAUGUAAAAAUGGCAAUAAAAGACAGGUAAUUGAAAAGCAAUUUAUUUUAUGACUCGAAGUUACAUGCUGUGUCGAUACUGGAAUGUUUUACAUGCUAAUACUGUUCGAAACGUCGAAUACCUGUACAUGACUUCAAUCCUAUAUAUUCGACCUAUUAAUCGAAUCUAAUCAUCAUCAUUAUCAUCGUCGUCGUCGUCAUCAUCAUCAUCAUCAUCAUCAUCAUCAUCAUCAUCAUCAAAAUCGUAACCCUUUAAAAGCCGUCUUAUAAGAAACUUUAUAAAGCUCUUCUUAUAAAGCUCUCCAUGGAUUUUACGACUUAAAUGUGGAAGACUUUGUCUCCUUUGUCACUCAUGGGCGAACACGUCUCAGUAGUAAUUCCACCCUUGUUUUAAAAAUACCAUAUUGUAAAACAACUACAUUUCAGGCCUAAUUUUUUAAUCGAAUUGUAAAGAUAUGGAACUCUAUAUGCAAAGUUGCCACAUGUAGCAGCUUUACUAGUGUCACCACUUUUAAAACGUUCUUAAUCAAUCAUUAUAAUGAACUUUUAUUGAAUGUUUUUGAUGCAAAUUUGACAUGUACUUGGUCAGUUGUUAGAGACUGUGCUUGUCACAGGAGUUAAAGCACGUUUACGCAUUACGACCGGUCGGGGUACCUCUUUUAUGAUUGAUGCCACCAAAUGUCGUUUUAUCUGGCUUACAAAGAAUUUAUUUUAACAUAGGUCCUAUCACUUUGGCCUAAAUGUGUGUAAACGUGCUUUCAACGAUUUAAAAUUUUUAAUUUUAUGUAAAUUUGUAAAUGUCGACAGAAGUCAAAUCGGGAGGUAGCCUCGCAUGGGCUAUUAUGGCCCGUUCGCUAUUUUCCCGUUUAGGAACUGCAUGUUUGUUGUAUUUGUACCUUAUUAAUGUAAUAUAUUUAGUUCCUAAUAAAGCUGUUAAAAAAAAAACAAAAAAACUUUCUCAUAUCAACAGCUGCUUCUAACGCUGCUUCUGGAUCAAAAUCAUCGUUUUCCACAAGCGCAUCUUUUGUGUGCAUUAUUUUCUUAUGUAUUGGAUCUUUCCUUAGUUGUUUCAUCCGCACGAGCCGCUCCAUAUAAAUAUUUUCCAGUUCCUUUUGGAGUUUAGGCAGAAUAUUAGAGUAAGCUUUGUCCUUAGCGGAUUGCUCAUCUAGACCACUGUUUAAGGCUUUCUUUCAUUUCCUCAAAAGCUAUAUUGCUUCUUUGCUUUGCUUCUAUCAACGGUAUCCAAGGGUCCAUUUCUUACUCAUUUUCUGAUUCAUCAGUCGUCAUCGAAAUUUCAGACACAUGAGUUGAAGUUGUCGAGACAUCGUCUUGGAAAUCCGUUUCCUGGCUAUCCGAGUCGGUUUGAGACAUGUUUCUUUCUUGUGCACGUAGGGGACAAUACUCCUUUUCGUGUCUCCGUAGAUUGUAAUAACGGUUAAAUUGCUUUCCGUAAAAUUGGCAACUUAUUCCGUUAGCACUGACUGUGCAGAAAUGCUUUGUUAUUGAGCAACACUGCAGUUUUAUGAGCAGAUGAGCAUGUGCUCAUAAUCAGUUAUGAGCAUGUCCUCAUCUGCUCAUCGUAUAAAAUGGUACCCGUCAUGAUUUUAUAUGUGUACGAUAUCUAUACGCAGUACUUCGGGUUUAAAAUGGGCCUUAUGAGCAGAUGAGUAUGUGCUCAUGAGCAGACAUGAGCGUGUGCUCAUACGCUCAUGCAGGAUGAGCUUACGAGUGAGUGCUCAACAAGAUGAGAAUUUCAGCCGGGUUCGGACAAAUUUAAUCACAGUACAGUGUAUGCAAAGCGUUGAAAAAAUUUGAUGGAACUUUGUACAAAAGUUCACAAAAUUUGACGAGACUUGGAGGUUCUCUCAGUGUUUUGUUCUGUCAAAAUAAGGCACCAAUCUGCAGGUCGUAUGAAGUGGGUAGUGGCAUGGUCUCAUAAUUAAUGUGCUUCUCUUCCAUGUUUUGUCUAAAAAUCGGUACGAUUUCGUAUUCGUCAAACCUCGUAUUCGUCAAACCUCCUCACCAUGUCCUCUCAAAAAAUGUAAGAAUUACACAAAUCCAAAGUUCGCACACAAAAUAUCGUGGCUAAAACUGAUAUGUAUUCCGACCAUCAUAAGUCAAUGGUUUUAAUACUCUCGGACAAGAGAUCAAGAUAAACCGGUUUUGUCUGAGCAGGUCUUGCAUUAAUUUCCCGCAUUUUUGUAAGACACGUUGCAAGGUCGCUCUAAAUAUUCUAUUUUGAUUCAUUUUAUAUCAGAAGGAUACCACGAUAUAGACCCAGACCAAUGGCCUUUAAAUAGUAAAAUAUUUGUUUCGUGUUCUAAGAUAAAAAUAUAUACACCCUGUAACAACAAAAAAGUUCAACUAGUAUUGUACCAUGAUUAAAUAUAGAUUUUGUAAUAUCAUAACACAAUGUCAAUACGUGUUUUGUUGUGUGAAUGCCCGCCCAUCACCAAAUCAUCUAAUGAUCGAUAUCAAACGGCCUGCAAACUCUUAUCAAUGAUGUAUAGAGGGACACUAUAAAAGGUAUAAAACGUUCCAAAUAGGACAACUUGAGCAUAAAUUUUAUUACUCUAUAAAUGAUGUCAAUGAAAACAGUCGUUAGGAUUGAUAACCGUUUUAAAAGUACGGUUGAUCAGUUGCAUGAUUAGACCAGUACUGUUCUAUAGAAAGUUUCAAACACAGUAAGUGUUUCAAUGCAUAAUUCAAAGCAAAUAGAAUCCGGAGGGUUUAAACUGCAGGUUGCAGGUGUGCAGGUCAAUGGGUGCAGGUGUGCAGGUUGCAGGUGUGAUAUUCUAGUACAAGAUCAAAACUUGACAUUCAUGAAAAAGUGUGAAGCACGCGUAAAAUUUUAUCUUAGCUAAGUUUGAAUUCUCUUUUAUAAUUGAUUUUGUCACUCUUUGCGAGAAACGUCCGCCAUAUUUAAUUCUUAUCUCAAAAACACCUGAUAUCCCGUAUUAUCAAUAGUUUUCCCCAUACCGCCAAAACAUGUGAUCACAGAGUAGGUACUAUAUAUGUACCUACUAUGUACCUACUAUAUGUACCUACUAUGUACCUACUGUAUAUCAGUGGUACCUACUCUGUGAUCACAUGUUUUGGCGGUAUGGGGAAAACUAUUGAUAAUAUGGGAUAUCAGGUGUUUUUGAGCUAAGAAUUAAAUAUGGCGGACGUUUCUCGCAAAGAGUGACAAAAUCAAUUAUAAAAGAGAAUUCAAACUUAGCUAAGAUAAAAUUUUAUGCGUGCUUCACACUUUUUCAUGAAUGUCAAGUUUUGAUCUUGUACUAGAAUAUCACACCUGCAACCUGCAACCUGCACCCAUUGACCUGCACACCUGCAACCUGCAGUUUAAACCCUCCGAUAGAAUCCUAACUUUAACUAAAUGAGUUAAGGGAAAUACUGACAUUGGGAACAGUUUGAAUUUCAAUGGUCCAAACGUACUGGCAAGUACAUGCACGAUUGUACAAUCUCGACGUUGACAAUGUGUCAGUAAUUAAUCCGCUCUUGGUGUACAAACUGAUGUAUGAAAAAUAUUGCCGCGGGUACCGUAUACACAAAACACGGACGAUUGAUUUCGCCAAAAAUAGCCUAUUGCCCUAUUCGUUUUGACUCUCACAAAAAGUUAAACCAUUAAAGAUGUAUACAUUACAUACUGGCUGAUACAAAUGACGAAACUGCUUAAUAUCUGGUCAGGUAAUAUAUAGUAGCUGAAUUUUAGACGUCUAACGGUCUAUAUAACACGAGAAAUAAAGUGAUCUGGUAUUUUCAAGCAUCCAUGUAUUUUUCUGUUUAUUAUAUAAAGGACAUGCAGUCUUUGAAAAGAGAUAAUUUUUACAGAAAAGCGAUAAUUGAAAAGCGAUAAUUUUCACAUGUAAAAUUAUCAUAAAUAAUCUCACAUGUGAGAUUAUCAGUUUUAUCAGUGCUUUAAAUAGUACAUAAAGCACUAUAUAUACUUUAUAUAAUAAUGACACAUCAAUGCAUAUACAUGGUCUCGGAUUAUAAACACUGUAAAUGGCAAAACAAAGCAACAUUCAAGUUGCAUAUUCAUUAUAACAUAUAGGAACAGAACAUACGAAAAUACAAACUGUACAUGCAGGAAAGGAUGAAAUUUGGACACACGGUAUACAGUCGAAGCCCACUAACUCGAACUCUCAAGGGAAACAAAGAAUUGUUCGAGUUAACGGGGUUCGAGUUCAUAGUUUAUAGAUGCACAUUUUGAAAUAAAUUACAUACUUUCUUUAGAUAAAGAUUAAAGGAGAAUACUGCUAUAACGGUUUUAUUUUAAUGACGUAACAGAGGAGAAUGCUAUUUCUAAAGUUAAAAGACCAAAGCAUACGAUUUUGCCCUCUGGGGUUGACACUGUGAUAGCAAUUGGAGUUAAUCCCCUCUUUGUUUACAAACUGUUGUAUGUAAAAAUGUAGGAACAGUAUAACACUAAUUACGAAAUAUGGAUGAAUCAUGAAUGACUGCGAAAAACGAUGAUUGUUUGCCUUCACUUAUACUAUAGUCUUGUAUGAUAAUGUAAACCCUAAUAAAAUAUUGACUGAGGGGAACAUAUAAAACUUUAGAACUAAUACGAAAUGAUAAUCUCAAACCAUCCAAAACAAAUUACAAUAGCACUUGGAAUCCUUCCAGCACAUAUUAAAAUAACAUUGUUAAACCUUCUAUAUUUAGAACAAAUUUGAAAUAACAACCCGAAACCUUCUAGAACAAAAUUCAAAUAACAACUUAGAACCUUCUAGAACAAAUGUGAUACGUUUCCAACCUGUUUCCGGUCAGCUGGGGCGCGCGCCCGGUCUCACGAUUGGCCUGGAAACACGGGUAAGAGCUCCGUGAAAAAUGCUGACGUAAGUGGAACAUACCUGCAGGUUAACUACUUUAGUUGACUAGUAAAUCUGACGCAUAAUUUACCACCUGACUAGUAAAUAAUGCUUUUCAAAAAGAACGAUUCGGCAAGUUAUAGGUUUCAAAAUCGAUGAAAUAUUGAAAAAAUUGUCCCCAGAAAACGAAAAAAGCACAAAAUGUUAUAUUUGGCUUGAAAGGUAUUCCUUUAUUAUUUUACUGUGUCAAACAUAUUCACGGACAAUUUAAAACUUAUUUAAUUAAAACUCCAAAACAUUCACUUCAAAUAAAUAGCAAAAAUUAUCCCGACUGCUGGGCAAAACUUUGCCGUGAUAUUCUUAAAACCAUUUUGUUUUGUAUCCUAUAGGUAUCUCAAUUUGUACGAUACUAUUUCUUUUGAUAUUUUCAUUGUGCUGUAUGGUAUCCUGCUGCUGUAUUGUGUUUUCGAAACUUGUAAAGUGAAAAGUGUAUUAAAACUUUAUUUCGAGGCAUUCGAGCAAUAGUUUUACAUUCCACUUUACCAAUUUUCUCAGUCAUUUCCUGAACACAUUAAGGUUACAGAACACCUUUGAGUGUUAAUUUUGCCUAAAAUUUUUUUAUUCGUUUCAAUGAAAGCAUUAGACUAGUUCUACUAUCUGACCAAGUUUGAACGAAAAAUGUUGAAAACUCGCAGAGUUAAUUAAUAAAAUACAUUUCGCUGCAAUAAGAAAAACAUUGAAAAUGUAAUAUUCAAAUUCAAUUUUCUCCCGAAAAAUUUUACGGUAAUUACUGAUUUUCAAACGAGUUGUGCUCCUGCGGGUUUUAACCAAUUUUUCUCAAAUUUUCACAGGACAUAGCUAAAUACGUCAGUUUCAAAAUGGUGUUUGGCUUUUUUUAAAUUUUGGAUAUUUUAAAAAUAAAGAGCAAUUCACUCAAACAAUUCAGAAAUAUAUUGCAGUCGUGAAAGAAAUCGCCAUAUCAGCGGAAUGACGAAAUAAACAAAAAUUUCCGAACACUAUUUUUUAGAACAACUAUUUUACUGUUUAAAAAUGAUAUUUUCAUAAAUAUAACUUAAAACCAGCAGGAGCACAACUCAAAAGCGUAACGGUACCGCGAUUUGAGAUUUUCCUGAAUAAUUCUUACAUCAGUUAUUGUUUACUAAUUUUACAACUUUACCAUAUUUUGCAUGCACUGGAGAACAUUUGGUGAAAAUUUGAUGAAAAUCGGACUGAUAUUGAGCGCGCAGUAGCGAUAUUCCGCAAAACGCCAAAAAUGGUGUCCUGUAACCUUAAUGCUAAACAGAAACUAUUUUUUAAUUCUAAGUCUGGUGAAAAAGUCAUUCCAUCAUUGUGCGUAUAUUCUAGGCAGAAAUCGAGAAAAACAACUUUGUAAUAAAGCAAUAAAGUCACACAGGAAGCCGUUUUGAAAGCGUGUGUGUACAAGAAACACUAUAAACACUAAAACAGUAUAACCGUAUUAAAAAACGGCCGAAAACAGUUUUAUUUCUGAAUUUUAAUUAAACUGAUAUUUUGAUAUUUUGUUUUAUUCAUUAAAAAUUUAUACUAAAACAAUUAUUCGCCUCAGGCUCAGUGAUUACGGUGAAUAUUCGCCUCGACUUCGUCUCGGUGAAUAUUCACCGGUAAUCACUUCGCCUUCGGCGAAUAAUUGUUAAAUAUUUGAGCCGGUCCAGCUUUGAUGCAUGAGAAAACUUUGCGUUGUAGCUCCGAGUGGCAAAUAAAUGCGCUGUGAAAAAAACAACUUUAAAUGUUUCUAUAAUGUUAUGGGAGUUAUGUUGAUGUAUUAUUGUUAAUUUUGUGUUUGUUAUGAUUUGAUGUAGGCGAGUAAAAGUUGGCAGUGAAGCUCCGAACAGUGACGUCGCUGCAUCGCCCGCUUCAGUGUUCAAGUAAGGACAGUGUUACUGUAUACUAUUUUUAAAUCUGGGUACCCACUAAACCUCAUUGUCUAGGUACUGUAUAUACUCUAAAGAAGUCAAGGCUAAGAUUCUUGGUUAAACUUCCUGGUUAAUAUACAGUGUAGAUAUAACCCUAUUUGGGUUUCCUGGUUAAUUUUCCUGGUUAUUGUAACCUCUUGGUUAUCGAUGACAUUCAAAAGCACGAAGUCGGCAGAACAUUAACGAUGAUGGUCGGUCGGGAAACCGGGACCACAGGAUAUUUCUUGUUUCUGGUGUUGUGCACUCAUGUGAAGAUAUAUGUUUGCGAUGUUGUUUUGAGUCUGUCCUCCAGUGACGGACACUUGAUGAAAUAUUGGUCGGGGGGGGGGGGGCUGGCCUCUCUACGGCCCCUAAUGUCCGCCACUGCUGUCCACACUGGGGAAGCUGAAAAGUUUGCUUGACCGCGGUGGGAAUCGAACCCGCGACCUUUGGUUUGCUCGUUCAAUGCUCUACAUGGUCAAGUCGGUUCGAGUGCAUGAUAUUUUGGAACUCAGACUAGCUCCUUGUUUCUGCUGUUGUAUCUAAACUUAUAUCCAAUGCAUAAAUUGGCGUAGGACAGUUCUCCGAUUCUGUAUUUAUAUUGAAUGCAGUAAAUAUUUUGUUCUGUAGACCAAUCAAGAGUGAGAAUAAGGGACGAAUGAUGCUUGAGAAAAUGGGUUGGGUAGAUGGACAAGGACUGGGGAAGAGUAAAACUGGAAGAACUGAACCUGUAAGUUUAUCUUUAACCUUUUCCCGUCCCAGGACCUUUCCACUAACAAUCGAACUUUUCCUAACGAAGACCCCCGUAGUGCGGAUAUUUAUCGAUUGUUCCCUGCCAGUGUAGGUAGUGACCAUAGCAGAACAGCUGCGAAUCGAGAGAGAUACAACUACCUAAAAAAUAUAAGCAGAACGUUAGAGCGAAGGCCCUUUGUCUGAAAGUUAACAUCUUGCUCGGUCCUUUGUUGUUGUGCUCUCCCCUGCGCAGAUCCAAAAGAUUUUAAAAGCAAGCGAGAGAAGAAGCGAUAGAAGGUACGCGGUGUGAAGUUAACCGCUGAAUUUCAGAGCGCGGGCGAGAAAGCGAAGAGGAAGGAAAUCUUCUCUUCCUUCACCGGCGCCACUUUAAAAGCCCUCUGCGAUAAAGACCAUUCUUGAGUGAGUUAUACUUGACCAUUCUUGACGGAUACCGUGUACUGAUUUUACUCGAGAGAAACACAUUAAAGGCUGAUUUCCACUGUUGCGUUUUUCGUACGCACGUACACGCACGUAAAACUUUGAAUCCUUCUAUUUUUUAAAUAUUUUACAAAUAAGUACUAAAACUUGCGGAACACUAAAUUCUGUUGCUUUAUUUAUUUGGUUAUUUCAUAAGUAACAUUUAAAUGGAUUUAAAGUUUUACGUGCGUAUACGUACGUAUGAAAAACGCAACAGUGAAAAUCAGCCUUAAAAGGCAAAAAAGUCGACGUAGUUUACUGCUGUGUAUACGAGUACAGGCGAUUUCGCGCGCAAUCUUUCCUCCCUUCCCUUAUUUCUAGGAGGGUUAAGAAUGUAUUACUAAUUAUAAAUAUUUUGAAGGUGCUGGCAACUAUACGUGAAACAGGACGAGGUCUGGGUUAUGGUGCUGUAAAAUCUAUAGACAUGCCUCAUAAAAAUUCAAAAUCUUUCAAGUGGAAAAAAACACAAGACAGAUACAAUGCAAUAGGGAGAGGUCAAACUGCAACGUCAUCUCAAGGUUCUGUCAGUAUAAACUGGGUAAAGAAAACCUCAAAACCUGAAACUCUUGACAUAUUUGCUGAUGACACGUGACAUACUUGCUGAUGACGCGUGACAUAAUUGUAAUUAACACGUGACAUAUUUUCUAAUGACACGUGACAUAUUUUCUGAUGACACGUGAGGUUCAUAUUUUAUUGCAGUUAAACCAGUGAGCUCCAUAUAUAACUGGAGCGAGAACUUGAUUCCAAAAAGUGAAGCCAAAGAUGAAGCUAUUGUACGUCAGUUUCAGUCCCUUUCUAUUCCGCCAUCUUGGCUUCACUUUUCUCAUAGGCCGAAUGACUGAAUAUAUACAGCCAGGUGAUCUCGGAACUCGAAAAAGGCCUGGCACUAGUUGUAAAAUAGAAGUCCAUUUCUGGUUUAAAAUUACUCUAUAUCUCAUUAACAGCAUUAGAUUUCUGUCUCAAAUUUGUCCCAGAUAUUCAUUUCCCUGUGGAAGACACAGACACAAAGUUUCAAAGAGUUUCACCAAAGAAUCAGGGCGUGACAAGUGAUUAAAGGUACGAAACUGGAUUUCUAUUCUGUUGCUAGUCCCAGUCCUGUUGCUCACCGUUAGAUCAUCUGGAGGGUGUCUAAAAAAACGCUAUGAACGCAACGCGAGUCUGCUGCAAGCUAUUUGUUUCGUAAACUUUGAUUACGAAUGUUCUCUGUUCAGUAGUUAAUUGAACCAAGUUUAAUGGACGUUCUUAUUGUCUCACUAAGACGAAGAUUGACGAGUUGCGCUCAUUUUAGAUAAUUUAACAUUCAAUUUUAAUUCCCUCUUGGGAUUUGUCUAUGUUUCGUUUCCCAUGCAAUUCCCAACGCUGGAAGAAUGUGAUUUCGACCGGCAAUUUUUAUUUGACGAGUAUGUGGCCAUUUGCCAUCGUUACGAUUCAAAAAGAGUAUCAUUGGAAAGCUAAAUAACUGUUCUUUCGUCCCAUGUACAAAUAAAAAUUGAAUUGUUUAGCCACGUUUAUGAUGCACGACAGCCUGUUGAAUUUCCAUAGCGUUUUUUUGAGACACCCUGUAUAUAGUAAAGAUCACUGAGUUAAACUUGUUGUGUUCAACCAGGCCGUUAAGAUGGUCGUGGUAUAAGGGACGUUUACUACUACUUCGCGAACUAAGUGGUAUGCCUGAUGAAAAUCCUCCUGUUUGUGAAAAUAGAAACAGUAUUGACAGAGCUCGAUGUUUGGUCGUACACAAGUUUGUUACGUACAAAUCAUAGAGGUGCAUGCGAAAUCAAACGUUACACAGGAAUGUGGAAUUCCAUGUCCAGUAUUAUUCCGUCUCCGUAUAUGUCGACUUUCCUUAAAGGCCCAGCUUUUCUAUUGUUUAUGUUUAAUGUUUAAUAGAAAAAUUACACAUUAAAUUAAUAGCUACACUAAGUAGCUAAAUUAGAAUGUGCAUUACAUACAUAGCAGAAAUACAUUAAUUAAUUACUAUACUAUCUAAAUUAGGUAUUGAAAAAGUUUCAAUAGAAAUAUAUAGUAAUAUUAUCAAAGAG